CAGGAACAGUUAUAUGAAGAAGAGAGAAGAAGAAAGGUAUUACAAGAAGAACAAAAUAAUGAAUCUAGAAGACAUAAUGAUUUCUUUAUGCCAUCAAUGAAAUCACCAAUACCUAAUGAUAGGUUUAAUGAUACCAAUGGUAUGUUAGGAGUACAGACCUUAUCACCUAAUAGUAUGCCUAGCAACCAGUCUGGGAGCAUAGAGUUACCAUUUAGAAAGGGUGAUAUUAUUUACCUUCUACGUCAGAUUGAUAAAAAUUGGUUUGAAGGUGAACGUUAUGGACGUGUUGGAAUAUUUCCUGUUAACUAUGUUGAGGUUAUGACCUCGAUAGAAGCAGCUCAGGCAGCAGCAGUUCAAGCUGAAGGUCAAGGUCGGGUCAAGUUUAAUUUUACUGCCCAGUCUCCUGUUGAGUUGUCAUUGAGAAAGGGAGAAUAUGUAACAUUAUUACGAUCAGUAGAUGAUAAUUGGUUUGAAGGUAGAAGUGGUAAUAAACAGGGUAUAUUUCCAUCAGCUUAUAUAGAGAUUAUACAUGAACCUUCUACUCCAUUAAUAACACCAGCACCAUCUGUUAUUUUGUUCAGUCAAAAAUCUCAACUCAGUCCAACUCAAGGUAAAAAACAAGUGACAAUAAAUACAUCAGCAUAUCAGGAUCAGAAAGCAUCACCAAGUAAAGGAUAUGGAGUCAAGAGUAAAGUUGCUGAUGAUGAUCUUGCCAUAAACAGGUAUGAAUAUGUUAUAUAUUACAGAUAUCGAGCUGUAUAUGCUUAUAAACCUCAGAAUGAAGAUGAAUUAGAACUACAAGAAGGUGAUGAAGUUUAUGUCAUGGAGAAGUGUGAUGAUGGGUGGUUUGUUGGUACCUCCGGUAGAUCAGGAAACUUUGGUACCUUCCCUGGAAAUUAUGUUCAGUUAAUCUGUAAGUUGAUCAACAUUUGUUAA